CUCACUUGUAGGAGCAGACUGAGCCAUGAGGAGCCCAUUCCUGGAGUACUGGAGCGAGCGCAGAGAGAGAGGAGAGGUCCUGGACCGGCACAAAGAGCUGAAACUCAACAAUGCCCAACUGUCGAGUUUGAUCGGUGACAGCGAUGUUAGAGCCGCGCUGCAGAAAAGCCGCAUCCCCUCUCUGCUGCCCCCUGUCGGCACAGAGGUGUUCAGGCGCUUCACUCCAGAGUCACUGGGGCAGAUCAAGAAAUGCAUGGACUCAAAGAACAAACAGGUUGAAGAGGACUGCCGGCUGAAGCCAGCUCCUGAACUGGAGUGUGGGAAUGUCCUGCCCUUUUUCUAUGGAGCCCCGCCCCCUGAGCUUCAAGAUGUCCCAUUGGAAGAUCCAGACCCCUUCUACCAAUCGCAGAAGACGUUUGUUGUGGUUUCCAAAGGAAACGUGCUCUCCAGGUUCAACGCAGACUCUUCCUGUUUCCACUUCAGUCCCUUCAGUUUAUUCAGACGUGCAUCCAUCAAGAUCCUCAACCAUAAACUGUUCACCAUCAUCCUGUUAGUGGCGCUGUUGGUGAACCUUUUGUUCAUGUUUCCUCACUGGACUUGGGAAUUCAUCAUUGAUUUGGUUUUAUUGUGUAUUUACACUUUGGAGGCCGUGAUGAAAAUCCUGUCCAGAGGUUUUUGUUUGGGACCCUUCACUUACCUCCGAGACUCAUGGAACAGAUUGGACAUGUUCAUUAUUAUCACAGGUUUCCUGUUCUUCAAUGUGCCCGAACUUUGGUUUCUGAAGCCCCUUCGUUGUCUGAAGAUCCUAGGCCUGUUUGCUGGCACUCGACGACAUGCCAAAACAUUCGGCCGUGUUCUAAUUGGCUUGUUGGAUGUUCUUUUCCUGACGCUCCUGGUCCUUACUGUUUUCUCCCUCAUGGGGAUGGAUCUAUUCACUGGAGUCCUGAGGAACACAUGUGUCAGGAACUGGGAGCAGACUAAUUCCAGUCUCCUGCUAAACUCAACGGACUCCCAAAAUGGCACAGAAAACUCAUUCAACUACAUGGAAUACAUCCAAAACAAAGAUAACUAUUACUUCAUGGAAAAUUGUGCAGAACCUCAAAUCUGCAGAAAUUCUUCAAUGUCCAGUAUGUGUCCAGAUGGGUUCACUUGCCUUCAGGUCAGCAACUUUCGGGACAUGAGAAACUUCGACUCAUUUGCAGAUGCAUUUUUAUCCACGUUCAGACUCAUGAUGAGAGACUACUGGGAGGCCCUGGCUGGAGAGGUGAUGCAGGGAACCGGAGAACACACAAUAGUCUUUUUCGUGGUGACUAUAUUCAUCUGCUCCUUUUCUCUCACGGCUUUCAUCAUUGCGUCCUUCUUCAUCACAUUCACCAAACAAACUGAUAGAGAGGUCCAACAGGCUAAACAAGACGAGAAGGACUACAACAAGAUCCUGGCAGUUCUAAAGGAGAAGGGUGUGGAUGAGCUCCCAGAGAAAAAGGACUCAGAGCGGACUUGUUCUUCAUGUUGGCGUCUUCUGUGCAGCUGUGACUGUUGUGACUUUUGGGUUCGGAUUAAAAAAGGACUCCAGGUUUUUGUCUUGGACCCGUUCUUUGACCUGGCGAUUAUCCUCCUGAUCAUCCUGAAUGUGAUCUUUAUGAGCAUGGAGCAUUACCCUCUCACUGAAAAGUUUCACAGUAUGCUCUCCCUCUCCCACUUUGUUUUCACCAUAAUCUUUUUGAUAGAGGUUGUGUUGAAGAUUUUGGCUCUGGGUCCUUACGUCUACUUUCAGGUUGGAUGGCACAUCUUUGAGACAAUCCUGGUCAUCUUGUCUCUGUUCAGCUUGGCUAUCGCUGAUGUUGCGUAUAUGGUUAUAGUUGAGCUCAUGGUUCUCAGACUGUUCCGUCUGGCUCGUUGGUGGCCUGGCUUCUUAAAGUGGAUGCGUCUGGUUUGGAUUGGCCUUCGCUCUCUUUGGACUCUCUCCUUGGUGGUGAUUGUGGUUUUCUUCACCUUAUUCGGAAAUCGCUUCUUCACUCCAGACUAUGGAAAAAAUUUGUGCAGGCUUACGGAAGACUGCACGAUCACUCGAUGGCACACGAGCGACUGGCUCCACGCUUUUAUGCUGGUGAUCAGAGCUUUGUGUGGAGAGUGGAUCGAAACCAUGUGGGACUGUGUAACUGUGUCCACCGGAUUUGGCUGUGUGCUUUUCUACAUCACUCUACUGAUAGUCGGGAACUUUCUGAUUUUGAUUCUGUUCGUGACAUUGUUGAUGAAGUGGAUCAGCAACAAACUCGCUCCAAAAGAUGAGGAGAAAAUGCAAACUUUAAAAACCAGAAUCAAGAAAGUGUUCAGAGUUUGUGGGAGAUUCGCAGAAGAAACAAAAAAAGAAACAGGAAAUCCAGAGGAUAAAGAGAGUAUGGCUCUGAGAUGUGCCCCAUCUGAACAGACUGAGGAGAACGGGACUCAGAGCAACACUCUACCAAUCGGAGAGGCUCAGAAUUUCCAAAAGAUGAAAGAAACUGAGAACCCCCAAGAUGCUCCUGAAGACUGCUGCUGCGAAAAAUGCUACAGCUGCUGCCCUGCUCUGAACCUGGACACAUCUCGAGGCUUCGGUCGUGUUUGGUUCAACCUCCGACGAAGCUCCUUCAACAUCAUUCAGCACCCGUACUUUAACAAUUUCAUCUUCUUCAUCAUCAUCGUCAGCAGCAUAGCCCUGGUGUGGGAGGACAUGUACCUGCCGACUCGCUCCACCCUGAUGGUCUUCCUGGGAUAUCUGGACCAGGUGAUCACUUACCUGUUCGUUCUGGAGGUUCUGUUCAAAUGGCUUGGAUUAGGUUUCAAGAAAUACUUCACGGACGGAUGGUGCUGGCUGGACCUCAUUGUAACACUUGCCUGUGUGUUGUCGGUGGUGGCUCAAACCUCUGCCUUGGGCUCUGUUCUGAUCAGUCUAAAAGCUCUGAGACCUCUGAGGAUCCUCGCUCACAUCAAAGGCACUCGGGUGAGCGUGUCGGCCCUGCUGAGGAUGCUGCCCUCUCUCCUGGACGCGCUCUUGGUCACCGCCACAGUCUGGCAAUUCUUCUCCAUCGUUUUCGUUCAGUUUUUUGCAGGAAAAUUUGAGGGCUGCUUCAAUGAAACAUGCAACAUUUUCCCCGCUGAUGUGGUGCCAAACAAGACAGAAUGUUUUGUGCUGAUUGAGAACAACUACACAGAGGUCCGCUGGAAGAAGGAACCAUGGAACUUUGACAAUACCCCACAAGCCACGCUCUCACUGUUCUCUGUGGGCACACUUAAAGGCUGGCUGGAGAUUCUUUAUAAUGCAGUAGAUUCUACAUAUGUUGAAAGUCAGCCCGAUUAUGAGGCUAAUAUCUCCUCUUACUUCCUGUUUCUGGCCUUCUUCCUGUUUGGCUGUUUCUUCUGCUGCAUCUACAUCAUCAAAAUGCUGUUAGAUGCAUACAGCUCCCAAACACACAAGGUUGGAGGAUCUCACUUGUUUUUGACUGAGGAGCAGCAGAAGAAUUUCAACAAUAUCAGUUUUUGCCCAAAGAGACCUUUGGCCCCUUGCCCACGUCCUCAGGGCCGUCUGCGUGGGCGCCUGUUCGACCUGGUCUCUCGAGAGGGUUUUGAAUGGGUGAUGCAGGUGUUUAUUUUUGUGGGCGUUGUGCUGAUGAUGGUGGAGAGAUACGACAUUACAGAGGAGGAGGAACGUAUCAUCUUCUGGAUCACUUUCACCCUCACCCUCAUUUUCACCAUCGAAUCAUUCCUGAAGAUCUGUGCUUUCAGACGGAGCUACUUCAGUGAUAGCCUCAAUGUCAUCGACUUUGUGGUGGUCAUUUAUUCAAUAAUUGAUAUGUUCCUUGCCGAUAUCCUUUUAAAGUACUUCUUCGGCGGUUCUUUACACCUGCUCCGUUUGGCUCGCAUCUCUCGGAUCAUCCAUCGCUUCCCUGCGGCUCUACGUGUCCGUUUCCUCUUCUCUGCUUGGACCAAGUCUCUACGUGCACUCUUCAACCUUGCCCUGGUACUCUUCGUCCUAAUGUUCACUUACGCUAGCUUCGGCACGUUCCAUUUUGCCCACCUCAAGAAGACAAAUUAUAUGUCAGAUGUGUAUAACUUUGAGACAUUUGGGAAUGGCCUUAUUUGUAUGUUCAUGGCGACUACGUGGGCUGGUUGGGAUGGUCUCAUAAAGCCGAGUCUACUGACCCCCCCAGACUGCGAGCCAGUGGACAUACCACAAGAAAAUAUUACGGCCAAUUGUGGAAAUGCAUCUCUGGCUGUGGUUUUCUACGUGUCGUUCUUGUGCCUAAGCUGUUACGUGGUGCUGCUGAUGUUGCUUGUUCUCCUGGUGGAUAUGUUGAACAUUUUUGGGAGGAUGCACUAUGACCCUCUGAGCGCUCCCAACCUGAACAGAUUCUUCAAAACCUGGAAGAAGUUUGUCCCUGAUUCAGCGCACUUCAUUCAGCGCAGCCAGCUUCCAGACUUUUGUGACAAACUGAAGAAGCCUCUGAGGGUCCCCACACUGUCCAACCUCGACUUGAGCCCUGAAGACCCAGUGUCCUGUAGGGACGUUCUGCUGGCUCUGUCUGUGCAGGCUUUAGGAGAUUCUGCCGACAGAGACGCCCUCAGAGCCAGAAUCAAUGGGAAGUACCAUGAGUAUAUGCCCAACAACUCUCCUCAGGAAUCUUGUGAAGAAACCAGCUGCACUCUGCAGAUGAACCAAGAAGAAGCGACGCCUAUGACGGAAGAGAUUGCUGAAUGAUCUGAAAAAGAAACUACUUAACACGAACGCAUUUUAUUAGUUUAACAUUUAUACUCUAAAACUAUCUUUACUAAUGAGAACACUAAACUAGGGCUGCACAUUUGAUACAGCGGUGCAGCGCAAUUUGUGAUUUGCAUUUCAGUAUCACAAGAAACUGUACUUUAUUAAACUGACAACAUACUUUUACUUCUACUUGAGUAACAGUGUGACAUUAACCAAUAGUCAGAGACUCAGUGCUCUUUACAUUGCAUUAUUCAUUCACUCCUAAAUCACAAUGGGUUGCUUCUGUAGUCAUACCUACCCUGGGGCUGACUGACUGAAACAUGGCCACCAAUCUAUGCCACCAGCACAUAUUUUAUGAAGUUUUAGUCCUAUUUUGAUUGGAAAUAAAGACCUAGUGAAGUUUUUGUUUAGUCUCUGCUUAGUCUUGGUUUACAGUUGGACUAGUCUUGAGCACAUUUCAUUUAGUCUUGGGGUGCAUUCACAUUUGUCUUGGUUUGGUUCUGUUUGAGCCCAGUUUAGUCCUGAUUUGUAGAUUUGGUUAGGUCCUGUUCAAGUCCUAAUUUACUCCUCCUGGUCAAGUAAAGGUUUAGUUUCUGUUUAGUCCUAGUUUUGAGUCCAGUUCCUUUAUCUUAUAUUGCUGAAUCGGUAUAAUCUUCUACUGCAGCCCUAAUCUGAGUCAUAUGCAGUUUUAUUUUGUCUAUGCCAAAUAUUUGUGUAUUUGUUAACUUCACACACCACUACACUUGGAUACUAAUUCUAAAAGAAUGUUGGUUAUUAACCCGAAAUAACUUUUUUACUACAUGUAUUUGAUGCAAAGCUUAUUAAACACUUUUUUUUCU